GUGAAGUGCAGCACGCUGCGCUCUUGUUUUACGUUAUUUUUGUUAUUGUUUUGUUAUUUGUGGCAAACAAAAAAACAAAAAAAAAAUAAAUAAAUAAAUACAAAAAAAGCAUGCGGAAAAUCUGAUCUGUCAAAAAGGCUUCAAAUGUGAGCCGAGCUAUUGCGCAAGGCGGGUAACACAAAAAGAUAUCGCUAUCGUAGUAUCACAAUAUCGAUUACAAUCGCCCCAUCCCCCCUUCCCCAAAACCAACGGUCGUGUGACACUUUUCAAAGUGACCAAAGUGCUGCAAACUGGUUAAACGACGACGCGCUGCCCUAAAGCGCCGCGAACUGCGAACCGCGCGUUCGUUGUUAGUUUUGUUUUUUGUUUUUGUUUUAUCUUUCACCUGCUGCUGCUGCGCUUCUCGGCUGAAAAGAACGCGGUCAUGUGCAGCUUUUAAGUAACAUCAACCACAACAACAACAGCAACAACAGCGGCAACAAAGAAAUACAUAACAACAACAACGAGACAAUUCAGGAUGUCGGACAUUUACUAUUGCAGCAACAGUCAGAUCAAGAAAUCAGCGCGAGAUGCGGAUAAAAAUGGCGGCAGCAAUUCGACAGCAACAACAGUAAUGUCAGACACAACAACAACAAUGGUCGCGGCCGUUGACAAAAAGAACAACAGCAACAACAAUAACAACAACAACAACAACUGCAGCGGCAAUCGAAACAGCAGCAGCAGCAAAGACAAAAGCAAAGACAUGCAAACAACAAAUGGCGGCGGCAAAACCAAUUGGAAGGGUCUCGUCCAAAGCAACCCCAAUGGCAAUGGAGCAGCGCUUGCAGUGGCGUCCACAGUGUCGCAGCCGCCCAAGGUUUUUCACAACACACGCUGCACACGACACCACAAACCGCAUCAUACACAUAGCAAUGGUGGCAGCGGCGGCGGAGGUGUAAACGGAGCGAUGUCUGGCGUGGAUUUGGUGAGCACGCCAUCACAACAACAACAACAACAACAACAACAGCAGCAGCAGCAACAACAACAGCAUCAUCUGCAUCAUCAUAUGCACAGUCACAAUCACAACGCCCAUGCCACGCCUCCACAUCAUGGGCUGCGUCGCAAAUCCGAAUCCGUGCUGUCCACCGACUCCGACAUACGUUUCACGCGUCGCAAACUGGGCGAUAGCCAGAAGUGUGGCUGCGCUGUGAUAGCCGGUUUCCUCAUUGCCCUUCUGGUCGCCGGCGCCUUUGUCUAUGUGGGCUACACGUAUUUUCGACCGGAGCCGUUGCCGGAUCGCGUGUUCCGCGGCAAGUUCAUGGUGCUGAACGACAAAUGGAGCAUGGAGCUGGCCAAUCAGAACUCGCUGCGUUUCCAGCACAAGGCGCGCGACUAUCGGGAACGCAUCAAUCUCACGCUACGACGCUCCGAUCUACGCGAGGCCUACGAGGGCAGCGAGAUCCUGGCUCUGGAUGGCAGCGAGGACAACAACAACAUUGUGGUGCACUUCAACAUGAUCUUUGAUCCAUAUGCGGGCUUGGUCAGCAGCGGCGAGUUGUUGGCGCUGUUCCACGAGGAGCUCAGCGAUGCCCAGCGUCGUCAUUUUGCCAACAUGACCGUCGAUGUGGCGAGCGUUAGCAUCAAGGAGACCACUGGCCUCAUUGAGGAGCCCAUCAUGUCCAGCUCACCGCUGGGCGGCAACGAUGAGACCACCGAACCGGCCAGCACAACACCGCGUCCGGUGCCGCGUCGCUGUGAGCCGCUGCAGCUGAACUAUUGCCGCAAUGUCGGCUACAAUGUGACCACGUAUCCCAAUCUGCUGGGCCACGCCAACUACGAUCAGGUGGCCGAUGAUGUCAUUGUGUUCCGUGAGCUGGUCGAUGGCGAGUGCUUCCGCGAGGCCUACGACUUUGUCUGCCGACUGUUGCAGCCGCCUUGCGAGACGCACGGCAUCAGUGUGGCGCCCACACCGGGUGCCAUCUGUCGAGAGUACUGUGAAGCCUUCAUGGCCGGCUGUGGCGGCCGUUUGCCUGCUCGCUUCCGCCACCACUUUGAUUGCGAACGCUUCCCGGAGUCGACGGGCACGCAGUCGUGCCAGCAGAAGCCUCACUGUGUGGGCGACAUGCAGACCAAUGUCCAGAGUCCGCGUCUCUGCGAUGGCUAUGCGGACUGCCCGGAUCUCUCCGAUGAGCGCAGCUGCGCUUUCUGUGCUCCCAACGCUCUCUACUGCGGACGUGGACGCGCUUGUGUGCCUCGCAAGGCGCGCUGCGAUGGCAAAGCCGAUUGUCCUGAUGGCGCCGACGAGAAGGAUUGCCUUUCCAUAGCUCCACUGGCUGCGGAUCUGUUGCAACCGGAACCGUUAGUACCAUAUCUGACGCGCUUCCAUGCCGCCGGCUAUGCGGUCUUCUCCGAGAAGGGCGUCGUUGGCAAACUCUGCGCCGAGGGGCUGGAGGGCGAUGCCAAGCUUGUGGUGCGGCAAACUGUCUCCGAGUCGCUGUGCAAAUCUCUGGGAUACGAAUCCGUGGAGAUCUUCGAUGUGCAGAACGACACGGAGCAGCUGUCGGACUAUGUGCGAGUGCUGGAUCCGCAUGCGCCGGAGAUCAGCUUCAUACGCACCCAUUGCCCCAAGCGCCAGGUGCUCUACGUGGGCUGCGGUGAUCUGCGCUGUGGUGUGCAGUCGGCGCUGCCCAAUGCCAAGCAGCAUCUGUCGCUGCCCAAGAUGUCGGCACCCGGCGACUGGCCCUGGCUGGUGGCGCUCUUCCGCGAGGACAUUCAUGUGUGUGAUGGCACGCUGAUAUCGCCCGAUUGGGUGCUGACCACGGAGAGCUGCUUCCAAGGGCAACCGCGGGCCACGUGGAUGGCCAUUGUGGGUGCAGUGCGUCUGUCCGCGAAGGCGCCGUGGACGCAACGGCGUCGCAUCAUUGGCAUGAUCAAGAGUCCCGUGGAGGGUUCGACGGCGGCGCUGGUGCGUCUCGAGACGCCCGUCAGCUACUCAGAUCAUGUGCGUCCCAUUUGCCUGCCCGACGCACUCCAGCGUCAGCAGCAACAUCAGCCGCCCAUGCAACGGCGUGCCUAUGUUCCGGUCGCCGAACGCUUGGAGGCUCAGCCGACGACGGCGACGCAAGCGCAGCGUCGUUUGGCGCAGGAGACGCAACAAUUCUUCCUUAUACCGUCGCAGCAGGAGCACGAGGGAUCGGGCAGCGGCAGCGGCAACGGCAACAGUGGCGAGGAGCCGGAUGAGAAUGCCGCUUACGAUUAUCUGCAGGCAGAGGCGGCUGCCUCCCACAUGCCACAUGCGGAGGCACUGCAGCAAACGCUGCCCGAGCAGGAGCAAGAAGCACAACUGAAUUCGUAUCCACUGCCGGACAAAGCGCCGCAGGUUAACUAUUAUGGAGGCGCCUCCUCAUCCCUGGCCACGCAGGCAGCAAAGUCACAUCCUUCGAAGGCGCCAAGUGCUCCGGAGCAGAUCUGGACGAACUGCAACACGUUGGGUUGGUCUCGACAGCGCGAUCAUCUGCAGCGCGUCCAGCUGAAGAUUGGCGAUAUGGCGCCUUGCGAGAAUGUCUCCAUCACGACGGUCAACUCCAUGUGCAUGGAAGCCACCUACCAGAAGUACGACUGCACGCAAGAGGAAUACUCUGGUGCGCCUGUGCAAUGCCUUAUACCCGGCACCAAUCAGUGGGCCCUGAUUGGCGUCUCCUCCUGGCGCAUUGCCUGCGGUCCCACGGGCGUGGAGCGACCGCGGAUGUAUGAUAAGAUCGCCUCCAAUGCGGACUGGAUACGGGAGACGGUGAAUGCGAUCUAAGAACUGGCAUUUUGUAAAAAAAGAAAAAUAUGUAGAUGAUAAAAACAACUAACGUGUAUUAUGUAAAAAGCAAGUGGAAGUGGAAAAAGUGAAGACAUUGUCUUUAGCUCCAAUUUAAAUUUAACUCUAAUCGUAAUUUUAUUCUUAAUCGUAUUCGUAACUUGACUAACUGCGUACUAUAUGCAAUCUAAUCUUAUGUAUUGUAUUGUAAUCGACACCCUGUUUUUUAUUUUUUUUUGUGUACUGUUUUUGU